AUGGAUUACGAUAGCUAUCAAGAUAUUCUGCUAGUGGGAGAGGGAGAUUUUUCAUUCGCACUAAGCCUGGCUAGGACAUUUGGCACAGCCGAAAACAUGGUUGCUACCUCAUUGGAUUCUAAACCGUCUUUGAUGAUUAAGUAUGCAAAGGCAUCACAAAACUUGAAAGAACUUGAGGAUCUUGGUUGCACCAUUGUGAAUGAAGUUGAUGCAAAGACAAUGGCCGAACACCCACUUCUGCAAGAUCGAAAGUUUAGUCGAAUAAUUUAUUAUUUUCCUCAUGCUGGUUUCUGUGGUCGUGAAAGUGACGACUACCAGAUUGAGCUUCACAAGGACUUAGUUAGAGGGUUUCUGCAAAAUGCUAAACUUAUGCUUUGGUAUUUUGGUGAAAUCCAUAUUACUCACAAGACAAAGCACCCUUACACUCUGUGGGAUAUCGAGUUUUUGGCAAGUUGUGAGGGCUUGAGUCUUGUUGGAGAAGUUAAGUUUAAUAAAGCUCUUUAUCCUGGUUACAAUAACAAAAGAGGAUCUGGUUCAUCAUGUGAUCAAAGUUUUCUUAUUGGAGAAUGCAUUUAUGCUAUAUGGAUUUGA